GAGGCCAGCGAGGUCUCCUUCAAUGCCGCCAUGUGCUUCUCCCCGUGGGCUCAAGCGCUUCAGCUGCUGCGAAAUCUGGAGGGUCUCAAGCCUACGGAUGCCAUUGGCUCCAACGCCGCGGCCAGCUGCAUGGAGCACUGGGUUUGGGCCCUGCAGCUGCUGAAGCGCCUAGGCCUCCGGCAACUGGAAGCCACGACGAUCAGCUUCAACAGCACCAUCUCUGCGGGCGCCCGCACGACCUCGUGGCAUCAAACACUCCAGCUGUGGAAUUCCAUGGGAGCCCAAGAGGACAUCAUCAGCCGCAAUGGGCUCAUCACCGCGGUCGCCUCGACCGCGCGGAUGGGCGCCACGUCCCGAUGGCCUGAAGCCUUACACCUGUGUAGCGCAAGCAGUGCGAAGAGGUUGCAGCCCAGUCUCAUCACUUACAAUGCCACCAUCAAUGUCUGUGAGAAGGCGGAGGUUUGGCCGUGGGUCCUGGAGCUGCUCCGCAUGCUGGGUCCAAGCCUUGACCUCUUUAGCAACAAUGGAGCGCUCAAGGCAUGCGCUUGGGAUUUGUCCCUCGUUUUGCUGCAUCACAUGGGCCACCUGAGCUUGGAGCCGGACCAGGUGAGUCUCUCUGCUUCCAUGGGCUUCCGCUGGCGCCAUUCUGUGGCCCUGCUGCGUGCAGAGUGCCUGCCGGUGCCGAACGAGGUGAGCAUGGGUGCAGCCCUCAACGCAUGUGAGAAGAGCACCCAGUGGCUGAAGGCUAUAGUGUUGCUAGGGCUGAUGCCAACAUCACAGCUAAAGGCCAACUCCACCAUCUACAACACCACCAUCAGUGCCUGUGAAAAAGGCUUCACUUGGGCACAGGCCUUCGCUACCCUUCAACAGAUGAUGAGAAGCAGAGUCCAACGCACCGAGACCACCAUCAAUGCCUUAGUGAGUGCCUGUGAGAAGUGUUCCACCUGGCUUUGGGCCCUCCACCUCCUCGCCCCAUCGACCGUGCGGGGUCCCCCGCGCGCGGGGUCGCCGAUGGGACUCAACGCCGCCAUGGCUGCCGGGCACAAAGGACAUUGCUCUUGGCGGAGAAUCCUGAGACUCCUGGCAGACACCGGUGAACUCCGCACCGCGGUCUCCUUCGACUCAGCCCUGGCUGCCUUGAGCUGGGAGUGGACCCAAGGGCUCCACCUGCUGCGGCAAAUGCAGUGCGAAGUGGGAUGCACCGGAUUCAGCUACGAGCUCCUGAUGAACGCCUUGGACUCCGCGCCCAGACACGUGCUCUUGGCCCACGAGCUCCUCACCGAGGACGAAGGGGUCCGAAAAGGGGUGCGGAUGGGGCAGACGCGGACCGUUUUGGUUGGCGCGAAGGAGUUUUCACCCUGGGCCAUGAGGGUGGAAUGUCAUUUCGUGUUGAACCUGGGGCUCAGGUGUCGUUCACCGUUGGUUUGAAGCGUUGCUGCAUUUCCCCAUUUUGGGGGGGAAUAUAAUUCUUGGUAUGGGAGUUUGGAGCUCGACUGCCCGACCCGCACCUGCAGCGCCACGGUUCUGUGGAGGUGUUGUCCAUCCCUCGUGUCGCAAACGCGCCUUCCGGUGUGGUGGGCAUGGCCGAAAACGCGCUCCCCACUGCAUCCGCAGUCGAAGGUGCUACCACAUGCUACAACGACUUCUUUUGGGGGGGAAGGUGCUUGGUUGCGGGUGCCUGGAGGUGGGUCUAACUCCCUGUCGGUGCCAAAGGCAGGCACCUGUCGGGCAGGUCUCAGAGAUCACGGACACGGAACUACUGGACCACCUGCGAAGACGCGCAUGAUGCGAAAAUGGGCGAAGGGCGGUGCUGCGAAGGCUUCAUCCGCGCACCCUUUUUUUUCAGUGCUUGAUGCGAAAAAGGUGGUGAGAGCAGGAA